AUGGACACCCUGGUAGCCCGCUACAGCCGCCCGGCUUACCAACAGAACGAGACCUUCACAGAAGAUGACCAGCAAGACCUUUGCGAUUCCGUCCCUAGCCUUUCACUCAAGUUUGCCGUUCCGCCAGUAGCACAUCCCUCAUCUUGGCUCCGCACAGCAACCGACGACCACGCAAACCCCAACUGCCCCAUCAAGAUCGCACACGGAACGACGACGCUCGCCUUCAGGUUUCAGGGAGGCAUCAUCGUUGCGACCGAUUCUCGUGCCACCGCCGGCAACUGGAUUGCUUCGCAGACGGUCAAGAAGGUCAUCGAGAUCAACUCGUGCCUGCUCGGCACCAUGGCCGGUGGUGCCGCCGACUGCCAGUACUGGCUCGCCUGGCUGGGUAUGCAGUGCCGCCUGCACGAGCUCCGCCACAAGCGCCGCAUCUCGGUCGCUGCCGCCUCCAAGAUCCUCGCCAACCUCGUCUACCAGUACAAGGGCAUGGGCCUCAGCAUGGGUACCAUGUGCGCCGGCGUCACCAAGGAGGAGGGCCCCGCGCUGUACUACAUCGACAGUGACGGCACCAGGCUUGCCGGCAACCUUUUCUGUGUGGGAUCCGGUCAGACCUUUGCCUAUGGUGUGCUUGAUGCUGAGUACAAGUACGACUUGUCAGAUGAGGAUGCGCUCGAGCUCGGCCGCAGGAGCAUUCUUGCCGCCACCCACAGGGAUGCCUACUCAGGUGGUUUCAUUAACUUGUACCAUGUCAAGGAGGAUGGAUGGGUCAAGCACGGAUUCAACGACACGAACCCCAUCUUCUGGAAGACCAAGCUGGAAAAGGGCGAGUUCACCAACGUUACCAGUGCACUGGAUUAA